GCGCAAGUGCGGAAGUGCGCUGGCCCCGAGGGUGGGUGGUUUCCGGCCGGUGGUGUCUCACCGGCUACCCGGAGACGUGUAACGGACGGUAGGCCGCCGCCAUGGCCGAGAGGAAACCUAACGGUGGCAGCGGUGGCGCCUCCGCCUCCUCAUCGGGCACGAACUUACUUUUCUCCUCCUCGGCCACGGAGUUCAGCUUCAACGUGCCCUUCAUCCCGGUCACCCAAGCCGCCGCUGCCUCGGCCUCCCUGCUCUUGCCCGGAGAGGAUUCCACGGAUGUUGGUGAGGAGGACAGCUUCCUUGGUCAGACUUCGAGUCACACGUCUGCCCCACAGACAUUUAGUUACUUCUCUCAGGUAUCAAGCAGUAGUGAUCCUUUUGGCAAUAUCGGACAGUCACCGUUAACAACUGCAGCCACGUCAGUUGGACAGUCAACAUUCUCCAAGCCCCCGACUGCACACCCUUUUAUACCUGGAUCCCAAGAUGUGUCAGAUGUGUUUUCACCAUCCAUUUUGAAGGCUCAACAUGGUGCUCUAUCUUCCUCACCAAUGGGAAUAAAUACUUACCUGCCUUCUCAACCGAGUGGUCUCCCUCAUUCGAAUUUUGGAAGCCCACCCCAAGGAACCCCCCAACCAGGACACAAUCCGUAUCGCCAUACACCUGACAGCAGCAGGGCUAGUCCUUACAUUGCACCACCCCAGCUACAGCAGUGCCAAACACCAGGCCAUCCCACCCAUCCUCCACCCUCUGGACCCCCUGUUCAAAUGUACCAGACGCCUCCAGGAUCUUUGCCACCGGUAUGGAGACAUGUUUUUAUGUCCCGGGAAAUGCCUCAGGUUGACCAUUUGGUGUUCAUGGUGCAUGGAAUUGGACCUGUGUGUGACUUGCGCUUUAGAAGCAUUAUCGAAUGUGUGGAUGAUUUUAGGGUGGUAUCUCUCAAAUUGCUACAGACACAUUUCAAGAAAUCUCUAGAUGAUGGGAAAAUAAGCAGAGUGGAGUUCCUUCCAGUUCAUUGGCAUAGUUCCUUGGGGGGCGAUGCCACAGGUGUUGACAGGUUUGUGGAUUUUGAUAACUUGUUUUUCAGAUUAAUGCCUGAAGAGCCGAAGCUGACUUUGGAUGAGACAUGUGAUCUUGAUGUUGAAAAUGAAGUCCUAACUUUGCAAGAAACUCUGGAAGCACUUAACCUUGCUGAAUAUGUUAGCACUUUUGAAAAGGAAAAGAUUGAUAUGGAAUCUCUGCUUAUGUGUACAGUUGAUGACCUGAAGGAAAUGGGGAUACCCCUUGGACCCCGAAAGAAGAUAGCUAACUUUGCCGAAUAUAAAAAAGCUGAACAGAAAAAAGCAGCAUCAGAAAAGAAGGCAAUGAUGGCCGCUUCUACAAAAGAGGAAAGCGCUCAGAAAACUAAAGAAAUGGCUUCUCUACCCUCAGAAUCUAACGAGUCACAGAGGAAACUUCCAGUUGGUGCUUACAUUUCUUCUGUGCGUGUUGAUUAUGAUUCUUUCAAAGUUGGCACAGGACAGAUAACAAGGUACUGCCAGAUCAAGAAGAAGAUAAUAUGGUGUGUCCUAUUGAUUUACUCAGAAAAGACUGUUGAAAGUCCAGAUUUUUCCAAGGAUGAGGACUACUUAGGAAAGGUUGGAAUGUUAAACGGAGGCCGCCGAAUUGACUACGUUCUUCAAGAAAAGCCAAUAGAGAGUUUUAAUGAAUAUCUUUUCGCUCUUCAGAGUCACUUAUGCUAUUGGGAAUCUGAAGAUACUGCCCUGUUACUACUUAAAGAAAUUUAUCGAACAAUGAACAUUAGUCCAGAACAGCCCCAGCACUGAUCAGACUUCAGUUUCACUAUAAAGUUCCAGUAUGACUUACAUUGCUGGGAAAAUCCUCAGAAGACCUUCCCAGUUUGCUCCUGUGAUGGAUGACAGAAAAGCGAUUUGUUGACCGUUGCUCAGAAAUAAUUCUCAGAUGUAGGGAUUCAUUUAAGACAAUACACAGAACCAAAAGACAAUGAAAAAAAUCAGUACCACAUUUGGACAGUAUAGAUGAAAAAUGAGUUAUAAAAAUGAUGCAAUGAAAAAUUCCUCGGAUCAGUUUAGUCGUAUAGUUGUUAAAGUUAUGUGUAAUAUCAAUGAAGAAAUAUUUGUAGCAUGCAAAUGGUUAUUUCUGUUUCUUAAAAAACCAUUGUCAAUGGGCUAUUAAACUUGCAUUUUUCUUUUUAUUAAUGCAAUAUGUUCUUUUUAUUCAAGUGUGGCCUUCUUGAGAAACUAUAGUGAUAUGAUUUUUAAGAAAUUUAUGUUCUACUUUAAAUGUGAAUUGUAGUUCUGAGCUGCCUUAAUGCAGGGUCAUUUGUAUUUGUUAAGAGGAAGUAACCAAGAUCACUUUUAUUUCAGGCCGAAUCUGAGAUUUUAUAAAGCCUUUAAACUAUUGCCGAGAGGCUCCUUACGGAAGGAAGUGAAAUGCACCUUAUUUUACAAAAGUCCUACAAAGAGCUCUCCUGCCAUGUGCAUCUCCAGUAGGAGAGGGGAGCAAGUGAGAGAUCUUUCAUUUUCUCAUUCAAGGUAGCUGUGCAAUUGCCUUGUUGCUGAAGUUCCAAUUACUGUGAUAACCAAAGUAGAGUUUUUUCCUUCUUUUUUUUGUUUUUUUGGUUUGUAUUAAUUUCACUUAUAUACCAAAGUGUUUGAAAAUAGGAAAUGUAUUGAUUCUAGGCUGUAAGGCUACUUCAUGAAUAGACUGCUCUGUAAUAUUUCACUUUGUUUUACCAUAAAUUCAAAUUAUCUAAAUAUUUUCCUAAUACUACAUGAGAAUGCUGAUUUUCUCCUUUUGUUUUAUAGUAGAAACAUUUUACAUUGUUUACAUAGCUCUCAUGGAACAUGGAAUUUUUUGAAAGUGACAUGAUACACAUUUUUUGUGUAUGUAUUCUAAUUAGUGUGAAUAAAGCAGUAACAUCAAUGCAUUUUUUAAGAAGCAAACUUCCAUAUUUCUCCUGUCUUUCUUAAAAGUAUUCCUGAGUUCAGUGUUUAUUCCCUUUUCGUUGUGAGUACCCAAUUGAUAACCUCAGCAUUUACUCCUAAUAAUAGAAUUACAACAGCAAAAUCUUAGAACUGUAGUUGACCCCAGACUACAUGUACUUCAGUCACCUCAUUCCACAGCUGAGGACAAGACACGAAGGCCUUUCCCAGACUGGUUAGUGGCAGAUCGGGACUGGAAUAUGGUUUCCCUGAUUCCCUUUCAGCCUUCGUUUCUCUGUACCAUGACUACUGCUUUUUACUUAAUUUUCACUUAACUUCACAAUACUGAUGAAAUAAAGAAAAAUGAAGGUAAUUUAUGUAUACUUUAAUAAAAUCCAAUUUGAUUUUUCAACUUA